AUGGCUGCCAAGAACAAGAAUCAGGAACGUCUCUGGCAGUUUGAUGUUUCCGAUCCUACAAAGCACCCCGAUGGUUUUACCAUAUACAAAGUAUCGUGCAAGGUGUUUCAAAUUCAUUCACCUGAAAGUUUGACUGAGAUCCUUAUUUGGAAAAGAUAUAAUGAUUUCAAGAAUUUAUUCCGAGUGAUGUUAGCACUUCACAAGGCACUUCACAGGAAAGAAGAAUUCCCAAGAUUUGCCAAACCGAAACUUUUUGGUCGUUUUGAAGAUGCUGUGAUAGAGGAAAGGCGUCUAAGUGCCUUACAACUGCUGAAUUUUAUUGGUAAUCAAGCCCAUCUCCACAAGUCAAAGGCAUUUCAAGAGUUCCUCAAGGGAGGGAAGCAGAGACAUGGCCUGUCAGGGAGUGUGAUGAAGCCAUCAAAACUGGACAUUCUGUCACCAGACUCUUUGUCCUCCACACAAUCUGAUGACUCAGAGACAAGGUCUAGUGAGGAACUUCUCCAGCCUGUGAAACAUCCACCAUGUGAGACGAAAGAUGUCACUGUGGAAAACAAUACAGAUGGCGACUCCGAACAUAGUGAUUCAAAGGAUGUGAAAUUAGAAGGCGUGUGGAAUUUCCCACAGAUCCCAGACAACAUCAGUCUUAAUUCUUAUGAUGAUGACACAGAAGAUGGUGAUGUGGAAUCUAAUCUCAGUGCCUCUCUCCCGGACACUGACAUUGCAUACUUUGACCCACUUUCUACAGAAAACCAAGAUGGCAAACAAGACAUACACACAAGUGGUAGCUGGCUAUUUGCGGCCAUGAAUACUUGUGCAGAAAUGGAUACUGAAGAUGCAAGAGAUGAAACAGAUUCAACAACACCAUCAGAUAAGGAUAUGACAACCUCAACAGAUACAGUGGUCGAGGUAAAAGUCGAUGGUGUUCCUAUCUCUGAGUCAAAGAAAGGAGGUACAAAAUCUUCAACACCAGAUCUCAGUGAAUUUGACCCACUGAGAAUGAGGACGGAGUCUAGUGUGGAAUAUGGUAAAGGUGACCUUGACCUUUCACAUGCUACCAGCAAAGGGAGUGUGUCUUCCCAUAGUAACAGCACAACAUCCAGUGCCACAUCGUCUCCAGUACACCAAGUUGGCCGUAGUCCUCGCCGUCUCCGGUCACAAACUGGCGAGUCAGUGUCCACUAUGGACUUGGGGGGAAAGGAGGACUACAUUUAUGUGGCAGCUAAUCAGAUAUGUCAGGCACAGGACCAUGAGGCUAAUGGUCGAUACGAGCAUGCCUUCUCCUCAUAUAAGAGUGGAGUAGGAAUUCUGCUGCAGGGAGUUCAAGGAGAUAAAAACAAAGCUAGAAGAGAUGCUGUGAGGAGGAAAACAGCCCAGUACCUGAUUAAGGCAGAGGAUUUAUACAAUAGGCACUUAGCUAAGGAAUCCCUGGAUCAUAAAAGAUGGGCGGCUGAUGGUGACUUGUCACCACUGUCAGAAGUUGACCCGUCCCUGGCCUUGCUGAAGGGAUCUACAGGGGAGCUGAAGAACUACAAGGUAUUGGGCACUGUUGACCGUGUGCUACUCGUGAUGGACAGAAGUACAGACGACACUUACAUCAUGAAGACUAUCCACAAGUCUAGUACCUGUACUACACGGUUGAGGACCAUCUUGCCUGUAUCAUGUCCAUUUAUGGUCGGACUCCACAAGUUUUAUGAAACAGACAAUGCUAUUCACCUACUGUUACAGUAUGCAACUGGUGGUAAACUGUGGACAUAUAUUGGAGCUUAUCUGCAGGCUAAUCGAGGUAACCCUCGGGACAAUGUUCCGGGACUGGUUACCGAUAAAGACCAGUACACUCAUGCGUAUAUGGGACAAAAAAUCCAUAGCACUGAUAAUUCGGUAUCAGACUCCGAUAAACAGCAUACCAAUGUGGAAAAGUUGUGUCAAGAUCCGGAGUUCUCGAUGCUUCAUAUGAAAUACACAAAAGAGAAUGAAAUAUGUGCCUACAUUCAUAAAGAUUCAGGUGAAACUUGUACAGAUACAGACUCCAAUAUCUUAGGACAGAAACCAAAGUCAUCAAAGGAUGAAAUAAACUGUGAUAUUAAGGACAAGAGUCCUGUCAGUGGAGUAAUGAGAAUGAGAAACCUGAGUAGUAUUUCAUCUUUAGACAACCAGGAUGGUAAUGAAACAGACAUACAGGAGUAUAAACCAUGUCAACUUGACCAGAAAGAUUUUCAAAUAAGCGAUAUUUUAGAGAACACAAAGUCAAAUCUGGAUUGUUUUAGUAUAAAUAGUGUUGAAAGUAACGAAGGUGUACAGAGAAUGGACAGCAAUACGUCAGAUAGUGCUGCAUUUGAGUGUAUUCCAGAAGAGAGUGAAUUAUCACCGAGACACAAGCCUCAUGUUGAGCAUGAAGUUUUUCCUGGAGGUAAAAUACCAGACAGUGACGAGAAUGGUAUAACUGUGCCUGAGAAUGAUGCGGACAUUAUUGUGCAAAAUGCAAAAAAGCUGAUUAAAUCAGUGGAAAGGACCUUAUCGAUUGCUGAUUCUGAAGUAGAGGAGGUGAUAUCACCAAAAAAAUUGUCAGACUUUGAUGUGGAUUUUAAAAGGAAUAGUUCCAGUGUUCAAGAUGGUAAUGAUUUAUCUUCUGGUACACCAACAUCCCAAAACAUAAGUGACCUUCAAGAUGACAGAUUCAAAAGUCAAAAUUCGGAAAGUCUGGUAGAUGAUUAUGACAGUUCCAAUGAGACUAGUAUAUAUGACCUCAACAGAUCAGGUGAAGACACAAGCGAUGGUGAACCAAUAAAAUCUAUAAGUGAUUCUCCACAUAAGGAAAUCUCAGAACAAGAUUUAUUAGAAGAUAGCAAAGACAGGUCAAACACAUUAGUCAAACCCAAGUCUGAUUCUGACUUAUCUUCAAGAAGAUAUAGUGACCAUGACCGAAAGGAGUCAAGGUCAUCCACAUUCACUGAGCAGUCCUUGACUAGACAUCCUACACCGCCUAAAAAGCUUAGUUUGACCCGAAUGAACUCUAAAGAUCUUUGUAGGUCAGCAUCUAUGGAACGAGAAUUAACCUCCCCAUUGAAGACAAGACACAGAAAUUUAUCUGGCGUGUUCCAGCAGCUUGACCUGGCCACUAAUAGUCCAGAUCAGGUUCAUCUGCCCGAGUCAUGUAUCCAGCAGUGGGCAGCUGAGGUAGUGGUAGCACUGUCAAGACUUCACGCAGAGGGAAUAGUUUGCAGAGACCUAAAGCCUGACAACAUACUACUAGGGGAGUGUGGACAUGUUCUGUUAACCUACUUUUGUCAGAUCAGCACCACAGAGACAGAUGUUGAUUUUGAGGCUGUGGAUCAACUUUACGUUGCACCUGAGGUGAGGAGUAUAUGUGGCUAUACAGAUGUCUGUGACUGGUGGAGUGUUGGAGCUCUCCUGUAUGAGCUUCUCACUGGACGAAGUUUAUUGAGCUGUCAUCCUGGAGGAAUUACUUCUCAUACACAACUCUACAUACCAGAGAUUAUGUCUACUGAGGCUAGGGGUCUCCUCCAGCAGCUGUUGUGUUACAACCCACGCGAGCGUCUCGGAGCUGGAAUCAACGGAGCAGAAGAGAUAAAAGCACAUCCAUUCUUUAGUGGUGUAAACUGGAAUUCCUUGGAGAAUCUGUGCUCAUGA